AUGGGGAGCGUUUGGUGGACUGUGGUGGAGAUUGCAUGCAGGAUUCUUGGCAUAUCUACAGCCACAGUGUUGUGUGCUGUAGGAGUGGAGACCUUGCAACAAGGAGACUUUAACAGCCUUGGCAUCUACCUGCUAGUGUCCUCUUUUGGCAUCAUGAUGUUUGAACUGGCUUAUUUCGUCGAUGUACUUCUGCUCAUGUGCCUACCCUGUCCUCCAGACUGGCAAGUCUUUAUACUGUGGGGGAAGAUGGCCCACGUUGGAGGCUUUCAUAAGUUUCUAUAUUACUCCAUAAUGUCUGUGGUCUGUUUCCUGCAUCCUGUCUUGGUGUGGCAUGCCAUUAUCCCAGGGACAAUGCUUCUUAUAACUGCAUUCUUCAACUUCAUACUCAGCAAGAAAACAAACACCAAAUGCCCCAAAAGACCACAGGAGGGCUACAGUGACCAAGGCCCUACGGCGGUGUACGUGUCAGAGACGCCGGGCGCAAACAAUGUCCUUUCUUUCUUCCACGUGCUGACGGGGAAGAGAGUUGCCACAGCAACCGAUGUCCCGGCUGGCACGGGAGGAGAGAGCUUCCAGGCCAUGCUGGAGCUGGAGCAAACGCCAAAAGAGAGGCGGAGGAAAGAGAGGAAGCCCAUGUGGAUGAGAGGCCGGGGAGAGGAGAUGGAGAGAGAGAUGGAGGAGAUGAGAGAGUUUGGGGAGUCAGAGCCAGAAACCACCUCAGACACUGCACCUAUGAUUACUGACUGA